AUGAACACUCGUAUCGACGAUCAAGAUGGGCAGGUGGUCGACUGUGACGCAGACAUCAAUUUACUAGACGAGGAUUUACCAGCGGCCAUGAUCCCUGGCUUCGACUUUGAGCUUAAGGGGAAGUAUCCCUGCGCUUGCGGGAGCAGGCACAAACCCAGGGAGGUCUAUAUGACGGAGAGGAAGAAUAGAGAGACUACAGAAGCCAUCAUCACUCAGUCAAACCCCACCCGUUCUCCCGUCGCCACAUUCCCAACAGAGAUCCUCUCCACUAUCUUCACCCUCAGCGUAGCGGAGUCACCUUUCGUCAACGGUGGCCUUGGGGAGACGAGAACAACGGAGUCUAUCAUCGCUCAAGUUUGCGCCCGGUGGCGCUGGAUCGCCCUCGACACCCCCGCACUGUGGACAACGUUCAGGUUUCGAGAAGGGGAUCCGAAGAAGUGGACCUGCUGGAUGCUAGUUUUUCUCCGGCUUCAGACAUACCUGAAGAGGUCUGGACAGAGGCCAGUAGAUCUCUGGCUAGAAGUCACAUCACAAUGGGUGGCUGAGUGGUUCCUCGAGAAGUUCAUGGACCACUUGCCCCGAUGGCGGUGUGUGUCGAUGAGGCUUCCGCAAGAGUCAUUAAGGCCGUACGCCCCAGUUCUCUCUGCACUGGCGGAUGCGGGAGCAGAUAAUCUCGAAUCACUCGAGGUCAGUAUUCUGCAAUACGACAAGCUGGAGCUCUUCGCGGAACCAGUGGAGAAAUCACUGCGCGGUGUACCAAAGCUGAAGCACGUUAAAAUGGAUACAAAGGCCUUCAGAUUGUGCAAGCCGCCUUUACACUCCAUAACAACACUCCAUCUAGAAACAUGGUGCACUUAUCGGCCUCAAAUAAGCUGGCAGACGUUCCGUGCCAUUGUCACGUCACCGACUUUGAAGAACCUGACAUUGGACGGAGGAAAAAUCUUCGACAACCGAGACGACGCUGAACGUUUAACGACGAGCAUCGAGCGAUUUGUCUGCGACGACGACGGCAUCGCUGGAUGGAUGUGGGACGCACUUGAUGCUCCCCAUUUGAAGACAGUCAUCAUUAAGAAUUUUGCCAACCAAAUACAUCCGCAAAUCAUCGACGGGAAGGAUCACUUCCCGUCGCUAACGUCAAUAGUCUUCAUAGACUGUGCCAUAACCCAAGGUGCAUGGCAAUUAUCGGAACUGCUGCAAGACACGUUACGAACUUCACAAACAUCCUGGAUGCCUGGCGCCCUAUGA